CCUGUUGUUAUAAAUGUAGUCCGAACUAAGAGUCCGAAGUAAAUAUUAUGUAAUUUGAAGAGUUCUUACGUUAACUUGUAUAUAUAUAUUUUUUAAUUACUCUGAAUAGCUAAAAUAUAAAAAUAAUAUUUAAAAACAAAGAAUGGCUGCGUUAGGAGCUUUACAAUUAACCAAAAAUACCGGCGCAAAACAUACAGCUACUGUUAUAUUUUUUCAUGGAUCAGGUGCUUCUGGUGAACAUUUGAAGGAAUGGGUAAAUUUAAUGGCAAAAAACUUUUCUUUUCCCCAUAUAAAAAUUCUGUACCCAACAGCUCCAUUGCAACCCUAUACUCCUGCGGGAGGAUUAAUGAGCAAUGUCUGGUUUGACAGAGUUGAUAUAGACAAAAAAGCUCCAGAAGUUAUAAAAUCAUUAAAUUCUAUUGAGAGAGAUAUUAAAAUGUUAAUAAAAAAAGAAAAUGAAAUUGGUAUAUCAAAUAACAGAAUCAUUGUUGGUGGGUUUUCAAUGGGUGGUGCUUUAGCCCUUCACACUGCAUAUAGAUGGGAAUCUAAUUUAGCUGGAGUAUUUGCAUUUAGUUCCUUUCUAAACGAUAAUUCAGUUGUUUAUGAAGAGCUUAAAAAAUGUGAUAAAAAUGUUUCAGUACCACUUCUUCAAAUUCAUGGUAAUGCUGAUGAUUUAGUGGAUAUAUCAUGGGGACAAACUACUUUCAAUGAGCUCAAAUCUCUUGGAGUACAAGGCGAGUUUUAUGUUAUGGAAAGGUUGGGUCACUCACUCAACAAAAGAGGCUUACAUAUUAUUCAGGAUUGGAUAGAGAAACUGUUACCUGACAUAUGAUAUCAUGUUUUUUCAUUAUGUUUAUUGUAUUCCCAUGUUAUUUAGUUCAAAUAAAUUGUUACUUAUAAUGAAA